AUGCCUAGCGAGCACGCGAGGAAGUGCGGCCACAAGGCUCACAACUCGAGAGCUUGCGGCGGCAAUUCCUGUGGCGGCGGCGGCGCCUUCAAGCUGUUCGGCGUUCAGAUCGACGUCGCCGGCGGCGGAUCGACCAUAAGGAAAAGUAAGAGUCUCGGAAAUCUGGAGGCAUGCAGCCUCGAGAAUCCCGCCGCCGGUGACCUGUCUGGUUACCUGUCCGAUGGCUAUGUUCAUCCGUCGGCCAGAUCGCUCGAGAGGAAAAAAGGUAGGCCAUGGUCCGAGGAGGAGCACAGAUUAUUCUUGGUUGGUUUGGAGAAACUCGGUAAAGGUGACUGGAAAGGAAUAGCUACUAACUAUGUGCCAACGAGGAACUCAUCACAAGUGGCCAGCCAUGCACAAAAGUAUUUCAUCCGAUUGUCGGCUACUGAGAAGAGGAGACGCCGCCAGAGUGUUUUCGACAUUCCUCUUACUGAUGCAAACCAAUCAUCUCAAGUCACUCCUGGUUCACAACCUGAUAAGGCAGCCAAAAGUUCAGAGCCUGUUACUAGCUGGGCUGCCUCCACAAACAACACCAGUGAGUCAAAAGGAUUGGCUAGCACCAAUAUUCCUCCUGUUAAAACUUCUGAGAGGCCCCCUCUUUCACCAAUGAAUAGGCGUGGGAAUCCUGACGUGCGUGGUAUGGUAUACGCGCCAAGAGUUUCGGGCUUAGGCCAAGGCUUAUCAGCUCAAGCAUUUCAGCCGACCGUUGCAUGGGUCCCAUUUGUGACUUUCUCAAACCAGAAUAGUGUUAUUCUCCCAAACAUUCAUGGGGCUUUGGCGCCAAACUGUGCGAAGUUUGUGGGCCAGCCGUCCAUUGGUAAGUUCCCUCAGUCGACACAAAUGGGAUCAUCUGAGGCGGGAGUUGUACCGCCUGCAGCUAAUGACGAGCUGAACCUGAAUAUUAGGAAAUUAACAUUAUAA